GCAAAACUGCUGAGCAAUACAAGAUUUCAUGAAUCAUCAUUCAUGCGACGAGUUCCAGAUCAGCGGUAGCUACCAUAUUGCUUAGUUUUCGUUUAUUGAUUUGUGCUGCUAGAUUAGUUCUGUUAAUCCAGUAAUUGUUUGAAUUUGCUAAAGAUGUUUCGAAAUCAAUAUGACAAUGAUGUGACAGUUUGGAGCCCACAGGGACGUAUACAUCAGAUUGAGUAUGCAAUGGAAGCUGUGAAACAGGGAUCUGCUACGGUGGGAUUGAAGUCAAAAACACAUGCAGUAAUUGUUGCACUAAAGAGAGCUCAAUCGGAUUUGACUGCACAUCAGAAAAAAUUGAUCCGUAUCGCUCCACAUGUUGUUAUAGGAAUUUCUGGUCUCACAGCAGAUGGGAGAUCUUUAGGAAACUUCAUGAGAAGAGAAUGCCUCCAUUCUGAAUUUGUUUUCGAGCGACCAUUACCAGUUUCUAGACUGGUUUCUACUGUUGGUAACAAAACCCAAAUACCUACUCAGCGAUAUGGAAGAAGACCAGUUGGGGUUGGAAUAUUAGUUGCUGGCUAUGACGAUAAAGGCCCUCACAUAUACCAAACUUGCCCUUCUGCAAAUUUUUACAACUGUAAAGCAAUGGCAAUAGGAUCAAGGUCACAAAGCGCAAGGACUUAUUUAGAGAGAAAUUGUGAUAAAUUUUCAGAAAGCUCAGCAGAAGAAUUGAUUGCACAUGGCCUGCGUGCACUUCGUGAAACAUUGCCUUCAGAACAAGAAUUAACAAUCAAUAACUGUUCCGUCGCCAUUGUUGGUAAAGGACAAGAAGUAACAGUUUACGAUGAUGAAGGGGUUGAGCCAUUUUUGAAAAAUAUAGAGGAAGCAAAAGAACCAGCAGCAGCAGCGGAAUCAAUGCAAGAUGUGGCUGAGAUUGGACAGGGCGAACUCUCUGGAAUGGUUCCGCCUGUAAGUGGUCGUCCAGACAGAGAAGAUGAGCAGCCUAUGGAAAUGUGAAAUCUUUUGCCAACCAAGAAUAUUUAUCAGGACCUAUAAAGUUCAAGGCACAUUACAAACUUGCAUGAAUAACUAUUUAUUGUGUUUAACAACAUCAAUCCAUGCCAACUGCUUAGUCAAGAGCUUAUGCCUCACUUUUGUGCAUAGUUUCAAAACUAAACUUGUUGGCAUGAGCACACGAUAGAGAUAUAUAGGUUAUGAGAAGAUCUUAUUGCACUGUACUACAUUGUACGAAAACAUACAACACGGAUUCACAUGAUGUGCAGAAGCAUAAUUUCCAGUCUCUUGAAUGUAUAUAAACAAACGAUUUUGCAAUAAAAUUAAAAAAUAAAUAG